AUGAAUGCUCCAAUACCGAACGGACUGCCUGCUCACCACACAGGUCAACCUCAAGACCAGUUCUACAACCAGAGUAUGACAGGCAUCCUCAACCAUCAAAACUGGCCGUCAAUGAGCCAGAACCAAUAUCCUCACCAACCUCAGAAUCAUCAAUGGCAACACCACCAGCAGGGCAUGCAGAUUAAUGGACACCACAUGGCCCGGCAGAAUCAGCCCAAUUGUAACGUGUCAGCUGCACCGAAUGUGAACUCAAUUCAGCACGCGUUCCCCAAUCCCGGUUUUGAUCUCGCGUCUGUCGUUCCACAGCAACUGAUGCAAGACUUUCUUCGCUUGACAAUUCCAGUCGGCCAGUCACCUAACGACGAUUCCAUCCUUGCCCAAGCUCUUUUCGACUGCAAGCAGUCCGGGAAGACGUACAGACAGGCUUUGGAGGGGUUACAUGGUGUCAAUAAUCACGCUGCCAACCUUUGGAAAGACUAUUACCUUGACCACCACGACCGCUUCGAUGUCCUCGUCGCUCGUCUAGCAGACCAAAGCCAAACAUUAAAAGCAGUCAAAAAACCUUUCAAUUCCAACCGCGCAUCUACCUCCACGACAAAGUCUGCUUCCCCUCUAAACAAUCGUGAUCGCGACUCGCGAAAAAGAUUGCCUUCACCUUCUCCACCACUCCGACAAAGUCGACCUCCAAAACGCUCUACACCUACCGCCAUCAGCACAGCCCCGUCCCUAGGCUACCGUCCCCCAAAACGGCCUCGAGCAACCCUCAACUCCCUCUCUGCACCCCUCCUCCCAACAAACCUUCCCUCCAAGCUUAUGCCGCUUCAAGCGGAUAUUACUUUACCCCGUCCACCAUCACGGAGCCCUACGCCCCCGACAAGAAUCGAACCUGGGACAAAUGGGAACAGGUAUACAGAGGAGGAUCGCGCGUAUUUCUUGAAAUUUAUCAGUUGGAGGCUGAGCCAGGAUGCGAGCCUGACGAAGAAAGAGUUAUGUGCGAUGUUGAAUGAAAAGGCCCCACAUCAUAGCGCGCCCUCCUGGGCAUCUCAUUGGCAUGCCAGACAUGAUAUCGCAGACAAGAUCCUGUACUCCUUUCAGGGUGACGAUGAGGAUGAAGAUGAGGAAGAAGGUGAUGAAGACGAUGAAGAUUCAGACUCUCCAAACGCGCCAUCCGAUGCAAUGGAAGACUCAGAAACUGAAGUCAUUCGUCAGACAACAUCCACGCUUCGUAGCACAAAAUCGGAUGCUCGUUUCCCAAAGACCAAGAUAGGCGCGUCUAGACGGGUCGCCUCUUCCUCGCGACACUCUCCUUCUCCCUCGUGUGACAAUUACGAUGCCUCCGCCACAACAGAUACUGACGAAGCAGACAUGGGAGCCAUUGGUGGUUCGUUCACACCUGCAGAUUGGAGGAUUAUAGCCAGGUAUGUUGCGCGCACUCCGGGGUGGAAUGACAUGGUAGGUCGGGAACGAUGGGAGGGCUUUCUUGCAAAGUUCCCGGAUAGUGAGAGAUCAGAAAAAUCAUGGGGUGAAUUCUACAGAAGGAACGAAGAUGCCAUCAUAUCCCUGGCAGCCCACUACAAAGGUACAAAGUGGUCGAGUAAUAGUAUUAAAAUGCAACAAGGGCGGCCGAGUUGGGCACGCAAUCAGGCACGGCAAGGCACAGAAGGAACAGAGGAGAGAGGAUCGGAUGAAGAUGGUGAUUAUGAAACAGACGAUGGUGAACGGUAGGGGAUAUGCGGCAGAGAAGUUUAGCCUGUGGCCUACAUAAGAUGAUUUGCUGGUCGAUAUUUUGAUGGCCUUGGCAAGGUACCAUAUAUACUUUUUUUUGGUAAUGAUAUUUUGCAAAUCUUAUAGCAUAUGCAUUGCUCUCUUUCGUUGUAAUGUUCUAGUCUACGCUGUGGCAGUGUAAGGUAGUCAAGACAGUCACUGGCACGCUAUUGCAUUUA